GUGUCGACGUGAGGUGAGCGGAGGCGAAGAAGUGGAACCUAAAAACAAAAAAUGACAACAACAACAAAAUAAAAACAAUAGGCUACAGCCCAUGUAACGUAUUCUCUAAAGCGGGGACGAACAGGCUUUCCUUCCACGUGCCAAUUUUUACGCAGCCCGUCAAUGAAGAAGAGGACUAUAGGUGCUUUUUAAAUUCAUAUUUUUUUCUUUUGGAUUCUGGAUUGUGACAAGUGCUAAGACAGAACAGGACAGGGGCGUCCAGAACCAGGAGUACAAUAGAGAAACUUCGGGGAGUGUUCGCCUAUAGCCUGCCUUUAAACGGUAGUGGAGAGGGGCUUCUCCCCACCCAUCCACCCACCUGACAGAUCAUUCGCGCCUGCUUUGUCCACAACCCCGGAGCCAAGACGUUGCUGCGCGGAGAGCCGCGUGGCCCCAGACCCAGCACCGGAGUCCGCGUGGGAAGGUCGGCCCUCGUUAUCCUCCAGACGGGCGGGAUGAUGGUCCACUGCGCGGGGUGCGACAGGCCCAUCCUGGACCGGUUCCUGCUCAACGUGUUGGACCGAGCCUGGCACGCCAAGUGCGUCCAAUGCUGCGAGUGCCACUGUAACCUGACGGAGAAGUGCUUCUCGCGUGAUGGGAAGCUUUAUUGUAAAAUAGACUUUUUCAGGAGGUUUGGGACGAAGUGCGCGGGCUGCCUCCAAGGCAUCUCUCCCAGCGAUCUUGUGCGCAAGGCGCGCAGCAAGGUGUUCCACCUCAACUGCUUCACGUGCAUGGUGUGCAACAAGCAGCUGUCCACGGGCGAGGAGCUCUAUGUUAUCGACGAAAAUAAGUUUGUGUGCAAAGAAGACUACCUAAGCUCAGGGGCUAUCAAGGAAGUCAAUUUGAAUUCAGUGUCAUCAUGCACAGACAGAAGUUUAUCGCCGGACCUCCAGGACCCGAUACAGGACGAUACAAAAGAGACGGACAAUUCCAUGUCCUCGGAUAAGGACAUGAACAAUAACGAGAAUGAGGAGCAGAAUUCUGGCACGAAGCGGCGAGGCCCGCGGACCACCAUCAAAGCCAAGCAGCUGGAGACGCUGAAGGCUGCCUUCGUGGCCACGCCGAAACCCACACGACACAUUCGGGAACAGUUGGCCCAGGAGACGGGACUCAACAUGCGGGUUAUACAGGUGUGGUUCCAGAACCGUCGAUCUAAGGAGAGAAGGAUGAAGCAGUUGAGUGCUUUGGGGGCCCGGCGGCACGCCUUCUUCAGAGGGCCCCGGAGGAUGAGGCCCCUGGGAGGACGACUGGAGGACCCAGACAUACUGGGGCCUGGGGCCUAUGGAUACUACACAGAGUACCAGGGCGACUACUACGGAGGAGGGGGAAACUAUGACUUCUUCCCCCACGGCCCUCCCUCCUCUCAGGCUCAGUCUCCAGCAGAAUCCCCCUAUAUCCAUGGAGGUGCCAUGGAGGGCUCUGUGUCAGCCCACCACCCCUCUGAUGACCAGAGGUUCACGGACAUGAUCUCCCACGCAGACACCCCCAGCCCCGAGCCUGGCCUGCCCAGCUCCCUGCAGCCCGUCCCUGGGGAGGUGUAUGGAGGGGGGCCCAGCCCACCCUUCUCCCUGGCUAGUAACUCUAGCUACAGCGCCCCCAUGUCCCACCCCGGACAGGAGAUGGGAGAGACCACCGUCUGGUAGACUAGAGGGGGGGACGUCUAGAUCUGGGAUCAGGGUUUGGGGUGGGUGUGAACUUCCCAGUCAAUUCAGGAGAAUAAUUUGAAGACGUUAUGAAUGAGUUAUUAUGAAUUGAAAAGUGCCGUUUAUGUAUUUGUUCAUUGGGAUUUUGAAUUGGCUUGAUGCUGAAUUGAUGGAAUGCCCCCCUCGACUCUGAAGGACUGAGGAUCCAGGAUGGGGCGGCUUUGCUGGAAAAAUAUGAACUGUGGUACUAUUCGCCGCCCCAUUCAGCCCUGGAUUGUAGUAGAAAUACACCCCCACCCACCUCUGGGAACCAUGAACUGGGAUUGAAAAGAAAAAAAACAUGCUUAGGCGGUUCCUCUCGGCCCCGUAUCUUCCCCUCUCACUCUGAGAAGCAGUGGAGGUAUCCAUUGCUGGAGACUAAGGACACGUGAUAUUGAAGAGAGAGAUCCAGAAAGAAUACAAGCCAAAAGGGACGUUUGAUGUAUUUUAUUUUUUGGUUUCAGAACUGUCUUGGUUUUUUCAUUCUACUGUUUCUUAAAAAGGCACAAUGUUGUAGGCCUAACUGGCCGGAUUCCUCUUUCUGCGUAAUGUUUGACUCGUUCUCCUAUUGUAAUAUUGCUUCCAAUACAAUGCUCAAACACAGACAGAUACAAUUUUCAGUGUUUUAACUGUUGCUAUGCACAACCUCCUUUGCUUUUAGCUUCACUGCCACUAGAAUAGAGCAAAGCCGAUAUCGUCUCGACUGCAGAGAUGAGAACAGAGGAUUCGUUGGUGGCAGCCAUGAAACAUUCUGUUAUUAGAUAAAGAAAUGCUCAUUGACAACAUUCAUGGUGACCCUCCGAUAGACUCUGAGCCACUGUACUGCAGAUCUAAAAGCCUCAUAGUGAUAUACAUUACUCAUUCUGGAAUUUCUACCCAUUGCACACAUUUUCACCCACAUGUUGGUCAUCAUUUUGACCGUCAGUUCUAGUGAUGUGUACUCGAUAGAUGGUCUUGCUGUUCUCGUACAUGGUUAUUCAGAACACACCCAUACACAAGCCACUCAUACAUAUACACACACAAACCUCUCUAAAUCAAGGCCCCCUUUAUAUCCCUCACUCCCAUCCAGGCACCCCUUGUCAGUCCCUCUCUCCUCCUCUACUUUUCCUGGCCUUCCCUUUGUUACUGUCCCUUUAAAAAAAAGGGGGGAAAGCAUGUUUUAAUGGAAAUUAUUUUCAAAAGAACAUUGAUGCCAUAAUGGAGAAUGUCCUUCAGCAGCUGAGGUCUCCUUCUUCAAUAGGCAGAAAACAAAAGGAGGGGCCAGACAACAUCUGUGACUUGCUACCGUGUCUGUCUGCCUGGCAGCCUGGCAACCAUCGCCACCUAGUGGCCAGAUAGGAACACUGUGUGUGUGUGUGUGUGUGUGUGUGUGUGUGUGUGAGAGAGAGAUCCUUAGCACUUGGUUUCAGGCACACAUGCAGCCAAAAUGAAGGACAACAACUUUGCCAAAAAUGACAAGUACACUAUCUGGGCAAAUGAUGGAGCAAAUACCACACACACACACACACACACAC